UUCAACGUUCAGUCGACAUCGCCAUACUCGGAUUCGGCCAUCAGCGUUGGAAAGGUUGUAACGGCUCAUCCGUAAACAAAACUUGUUGCCACCGGACACGUCCCCGCAGUGUUCGAGAUCAAACUUGUUGGGCAGUAUCCCAGUUGGAUACUAACAUUUCAAAAUCUGGCGGCCAACCAUCUGGCACAUUCAACUGCAAACGUGAGGGUUCCCCGUGCAAGAACGGACAGACUUGUAAGGUGGACGGGACGUGUGACUGCGGAGCAGACUAUAUAGGCUAUAACUGCGAUGUACUUAAAGAUAAGAAGGAAAAGUCGCCCUGUGCGGCCAGUGGAGAUCAGUGUGGUGCCCAUGGAUUUUGUUACACGGACACGGCGGGUACAACAGCAAAAUGUUUCUGUGAGGUUGGUUGGGGACCCAAGUCCAGAACUGAGGAUAAAUGCACUACUGGUCGUUAUAAAGUGGUCUGCUUCAAAGACAAGAUGAUGAUUAAUAUCUACCCGUACAGUCCGUUGUCGCCUACUUCGAGGAUAUACUUGUGGGGCAAUCCACUGUGUAAGAUAUCAGCCGGCUACAGCACAAUGAGCGUAGAUCAACAGGCUUUCGUAGGUGGGAGAGCCAGAGAAAUCGCCCACACCGGCGAAUCGGAUUGUGGAUCGGCCACCAUGGUUGACGAUGGGGCUGGCAAGAUCACAUUUAAACGUGACUUCUAUGUCGGCUAUAACACAGAUUACUCUUCAUCCCUGGAUGAGAUUCUGACUGCUGUCUGCGAAAUCGAUAAAGAGAACCAACAAAUCACGUCCAGCAUUGAGAUGAAAUCACUUGCAAAAGAUGAGCUGUUGGACUCUGAUACGACAGACAAACACCUGCCAGUUUCUCUAAGCAUAGAAGCUGCCGGCAGCUCCCUAAGCCAAGGGGCCACUGUGGACGUGGGACAAAUACUCGCCUUUACAUUCUCUGUCGACCCAACCUUCAACGCGAUGCUGCUGGAUGGUGUGAAAAUAGAAAAUGGAAAACCCUCAAGUGAUGAAGAUUUCCAGUCUUUCAUCCUGCUAGAAAAUGGGUGCCGGGUUGGAAAUGCUCACUCUGACAUCUGGCUUGGUCUACCGAGUGCCAGUGGCAGCACGCGGACUGUGGUGUUUGAAUUCAAAGCGUUUAUCUUCACCAAGUCUGCAAUGCUGAAAGUUAUCUUCAGCAUUAAAGUCUGUUUGGACUCAGGCGAUGCUGUGUGUUCACAUGUAGAUUGUAAUGGCGAUGUAUCAGCAGGAAGACGGAAACGAGACUUGAUUAACACCACGAACCAGACGACCGUGCUUGAAAGAACUUUCUACGUGACGUAUCCAAAUAUAUUAGAACUUCAAAACGUGACAAAUACGGAUGGGAGUCUCGAGAAACUGGAGUGUGAGACCAGUGCGGCCAUGUUGGGAGGUCUUGGGGCGUUUGCCUUGGUUGUCAUGCUUUUGCUGCUCGUCUUGUUUAUUCAGUGGCGCGACCAUUCAAGCAAACGUAGUAAACCGAUUAAUCUCCCCUACCUUCCCUCGACAUGACCACUGUGAAAUUCAGAACAAUAAAAGCACCGAACCCUUAAA